AUGAGGAGCCGUAGAUUUCCAAUCGCGCCCACCAAGCGACGCGAUGAGCCUAUCAACGCUGUCGAUUCCGAACAGCAGAGCGACACAGAGCUAGCUACCAGCCUUUUGAAACAGUCCGAACAUCACGACAGUCGCCAGUCACAUACCCGCGAUGAUGAUUCAGGUCACAUAGGGUCACAUGCCUAUGUUUCGGAGUCUUUGGUAAGGAAACUGGGACAACUACGCAUCAACGACUUCUUUGACAGCGACUCUAAGCAGUUACCCAACGAUAAGAGCAAGGAUUCCGAUAGAGACUUGGAGCCUAAUGCCUCCAACCGCCACUCCCAACAAGGACCCGCUGAUAGAGGGGAGAAUUCUGAACGCGAUAGCGAUACCUCAGACCACGUCCUUAACAAGGGAGAUAAAGACAACGGCGACGACAACGACAGCAACAAUGAUGACGACGGUAGUGACGAAGCUGGUUACUCAUGCGGAGGACUAGAAAAAUCCUUUCGCUGUUUUUUCAUUGAGCUUCGUUCGUUACCUAACGACCUGAAAAAGAAUUACGCGCAAGAGAGAUUUAAGCCGGCACCAAGUGUCAUUACCCAGCAAUGUCGCAGUUUAUUUGGUACCAAUGAAAUGAUGAAUGAUAGCGGGGACACUAGCGAAGAAGAAGAUAGGAGCAUAUCGAAGUCCGGAGGGAGGGGGAACGAAACGAAGGAGAAGAAGAAGAAGAAGAAGAAGAAGAUGGAGGAGGACGGAACAAUCACGAGAAAGCGAAGGACAAGCGCGACGAGGUUAAAUAAUAGCUCCCGAAAGUGGAAGUCAGAGACGAAGAAACCAGACCAGCGCCAGCGACCAGCGCCCGAUAAACGUUUAUGGAAGAAAAUUUCGCGGAUCGAGCCCAACAGCACCGACAAACUGCCCCAAGAUUUGGCUAACAAGGUCAACAACAUCAAGGUCACUCCCGAUUGGUUUAAGUCAUUCCGUGCGGCCAUCCUCGAGGAAUUGUCAGAAGGCGGCUCCAAGCCUGUUAGUCCUCGCGAUGAGACGUACAUGGGUUCAAUUCUGGUCCUACUUGGACGAGCCAUCCAGGAGUGUAGUAGUCGUGUUGAAACGUUGCUCGGAGAGCACGCGGUCAUCAAUAGGGGGAAUCCGCUCGGCGGAACUACCGGUGAUUACAGCUACGACGAGCUCCGGCAAAAGGUUGCGGAUAACGUAUACGAGGGGACGAAGUCGCAAUUGGUGCGUGUCAUGCGCGCCUUCACGAUGAACCUCGACGCAGAAUCCGACAUAGCUAGAGGAAGUUUUUGCCGCUUCCGUGUAUUUUCUGAUUUUUGGUGUACGUAUGAGGAGCUUCAGAAGCCCGUUCAGGAUGAGAACAGUGCUAUCCGACGCAUCCUCGAAGAACAAAAGCUUAGAACUACUAAAGGAAGGCCAUGGAAGACAGUAUUGUAUGACUACUUUAUUCAGAUGGAUAAGCGCAAGUCCCGUGCGCUCUGUCGGAAGUUCAACACUUUCGAAAAAGUUUUCGGUCCCAGUAUCUUUGUUUCAUUGCCUCCCAAUUCAGUUUCACUGGUUCGGCCCUUGCGUCAACACGUGCUUGAACUGACGUUGCGCGUUAUCUCGCAAAACGAGGACGCCCUGGUCCCUUGCUUCAAUAAGCUUCACUGCUUCUUUAAGGAGAAGAUAAACGAUUCCGUCGCGAAAAAGUCUGAUAAGCAAUCGAAGAUGAUUGCGUGA